AUGAGCGUGGAUGAAAGAAAGGUUAAUGAUAAAGCACUGGGAAGCGGCUGGGUGGAUUUCAGAAAGACGUGGUUGUAUGCCAACUCGCGACUCCCUCCAGCCAUGUUGCCGAUGAAAAUAUAUAUGCCAACCUGGCAGAUCAUCUGCAUGGCUGCUCAGGCUUCGGUAGAUGUGUAUCGGAGGCCGAGACGUGAUGAGAAGGAGGAUUUCGUUCAGGCGGACUGGAGGCAGGGGACAAAAGCUAUGGCGAUCAAGAGUAGGCAGCUUGAGGAUAAGAAUCUGAUCGUUCUCGCCAUUCGAGGGAGCAAGACCUGGAAUGCGAUAGAUUGGCUGGUCAACUUCAAUGCUGCUCCAACUGAGCCUACGGGCUUUCUGGAUGACGAAGGAAAUGCUUGUCAUGCCGGCUUCCUGCAAAUCGCUAGAUCAAUGAUCGCACCCGUGGCUGCUCGAUUGCGGAAGCUUCUUGAAGAGAACAAUUCCCGAAACCCUCCAUCUCUAAUUCUGACGGGGCAUUCGGCCGGCGGAGCUGUGGCAUCUCUGCUGUAUAUGCACAUGCUCGCCACCGCCCCUCGCUGCGAAUCACAGCUGAACAACCUCUCCGGCUUCCUCAAAAGAAUCCACUGCGUCACGUUCGGAACUCCUCCAGUCUCCUUAUUACCAUUGCAAAACCCAGCCGGCAAACGCUACGAACGUAACGUCUUCAUGCAUUUCGCCAACGAAGGAGACGUCGUCGUCCGCGCAGAUCGAUCAUAUAUGAGCACAAUCGUGCGACUCGUCGCCGCUCCUUCCCCCGUCUUUUUGAGCAGUUCUGGGUAUCGGCCUGGGGACAAGUACCAACCGCCCAGAUGGGAAGUUCCUCCUGCGACGCUUUCGAAUGCGGGUCGCACGAUUAUGUUGAGGGAGAAGCCUGGGAGUCGGAAGCAUGCUGUCGAGGCUGUUCAGGUCACGGAUGAGGAUUUACGGGAUGUGGUUUUUGGGGAUCCCGAGAUGCAUAAGAUGGAGUUGUAUAAGAAGAGGAUUGAUACGCUGGCGAUAGCUGCUGUUACUGGGCAGGGUGUCGGGUGA